CCGGCGUCGCUUUUGGCUCUAGGGACGCCAACGUGGGGACACGGCUCUCAGGGCGCGGUUUCUGCGGUGUGAGCCCUCUACCUUCUUCCAGGACGAUAUACAUCCCCUCCUUCCCACUUCACCGCGACCAUGUUUAUUCCCUGUGGAGAGUCGGUCCCAGACCUCUCGGGUUUCACCCUCCUGAUGCCAGCUGUAUCUGUUGGAAAUGUUGGCCAACUUGCAAUAGAUCUGAUUAUUUCAACUCUGAAUAUGCAUAAAAUUGGUUACUUCUAUACUGACUGUCUUGUGCCAAUCGUUGGAAACAAUCCUUAUGCAACUGCAGAAGAAAACUCAACAGAACUCAGUAUAAAUGCCGAAGUAUAUUCAUUACCUUCAAAGAAACUCAUGGCUCUUCAGUUAAGAUCCAUUUUUAUUAAGUAUAAAUCAAAGUCAUUCUGUGAAAAACUGCUUUCCUGGGUGAAAAGUAGUAACUGUGCCAAAGUUAUCGUUCUCUCCAGCAGUCAUUCAUAUCAUCGUAAUGAUCUACAGCUUCGUAGUACUCCCUUUAGGUACCUACUAACACCCUCCAUGCAAAAAGGUGUUCAAAAUAAAAUAAAGAGCCUUAACUGGGAAGAAAUGGAAAAAAGCCCCUGCAUUCCUGAAAUAGAUGAUUCUGAGUUUUGUAUCCGUAUUCCUGGAGGAGGUAUCACAAAAACACUCUAUGAUGAAAGCUGUUCUAAAGAAAUCCCAGUGGCAGUCCUGCUAAAAUUUGUUUCAGAAGGUGAUAACAUCCCAGAUGCAUUAGGUCUUGUUGAGUAUCUUAAUGAAUGGCUUCACAUAAUUAAGCCUUGUAGUGAUGACUCCACAGUGUCUGCCUUGCCCUGGAAAAUGCCAAGUUCUUGGAGGUUACUGUUUGGUAGUGGCCUUCCUCCUGCUCUUUUUUGAUCCAUUUUUAGUUUUACACUGUAUGUCCCAAAAGAGCUGUUAACCCUUGUAUAUAUAAAGUUGUAUUAUAUGAGAACAUAUAAGGAAU